UUACAUCACACCCGUCGAUCAGUCCCAAAACCCUACCACCCCUAUUUACUUGCUAGGUUUUACGAAUCAAAACCCCAGAGCCAAUUGCCAAAGCCAAAAAACCCUCCCCCGAGACCGAGAGAGAACAAACCCAUCUCCAACCAUGGCGGCCACAACCCCAAAGGAGUCCGUCCAAUGCUUCGGACGCAAGAAGACUGCGGUAGCAGUUACUUACUGCAAGCGCGGACGCGGUUUGAUCAAGAUCAACGGCUCCCCGAUCGAGCUGGUUGAACCCGAGAUCCUCCGGUUCAAGGCGAUGGAGCCGAUCCUAUUGCUGGGUAGACAGCGUUUCGCCGGCGUGGACAUGAGGAUCCGUGUCAAGGGAGGAGGUCACACCUCUCAGAUCUACGCCAUUCGUCAGAGCAUCGCCAAGGCACUGGUGGCUUUCUACCAGAAGUACGUGGACGAGCAGUCGAAGAAGGAGAUCAAGGACAUUUUGGGGCAAUACGACAGGACCUUGCUCGUCGCUGAUCCCAGGCGAUGCGAGCCUAAGAAGUUCGGUGGUCGUGGUGCCAGGGCUAGGUACCAGAAAUCUUACCGUUAGAGAAGAAAAAGAAGAGUUUGCUUUUCAUGUAUUUUUUUUCUCUCAUUUUUGUUUUGUUAAUUUAAAUUCGAAAAGAAAAACAAUUCCUUUUUGCUAUUAGUAGACUCUGAUUUUGGUUUUAGAUUUUAUUUUAAAAGGGAUAAAUGAAAAAUUUUGUUAUGGUUGAUGAUUUGUUUCAACAAA